GUGCUGCAGAGGUGAGGUUGGCGGAUGGAGGCAGACGCUGUGCCGGGAGAGUGGAGGUGAAACACGAGGGCCGGUGGGGCACGGUGUGCAGUUACGGCUGGGACAUCAAAGGUGCUGCCGUGGUCUGCAAGCAGCUGGGCUGCGGAUCAGCGGUCCAGGCCUUUUGGAACGCCGACUUUGGGCGAGGAUCUGACCCCAUUUGGCUGAGCUCUGUCCACUGCCAAGGCACCGAGGCUGACCUCUCCGAGUGCAGCCAUGAGGAAUGGGGCAAGCACUACUGCGGUCACGGCUGGGACUCUGGAGUCAUUUGUUCAAGAUUUGUCCGACUGGAUGGGGACGGCAGCUCCUGCUCAGGACGCGUGGAGAUCAUAGAUAAAAGCCAGUGGAAAACAGUGUGUGACUCACACCUUAGCCUCGAAGCUGCUGAAGUUAUCUGCAGGGAUCUGCAGUGCGGCAUAGCUCUGUCUAUCCAUGGGGGAGCUCACUUUGGACAGGGGGGCGGUUCCAUCUGGGAUGAAGAGCUGCAGUGUGCAGGGAAUGAGCCCUUCCUCUCCUCCUGCCCCAGGAGGUCUAUCAGCAACCACACCUGCACCCACGCAAACGACGCUGGUGUCACCUGCACACGUAUGCAGAGGGACAUUUGGCCUUUCCUCGAAGUAUCUCAGCAUUCCAAGUGCCAGCGCAGGGACAAGGAGCAAGACUCGUGA